UAUUUUUGCGUCUUUUCGAUCAUGAAUUUCUUACUCUUGUUGGCUGUUUUGACAAUCGUUGCUGGAACAAGUUUAGCGGACAACUUAACAGUUGCAAGUUCAACAGACGAAUAUGUUAUUCUUUGGAAUCGAAAAUUUCAAAAUGACAUCAAUAUUGCUGAAAUGAAAAUCGAAUGCGUUGAUGAACGCGGUGCUGAUAGUAUGCGAGUGAUUAAAGAUCAACAGCAAGAAGUUCUCAAAGAAAUUAAACGCAACGAUGAGAGUCUUGUUCCUAUUGAGGCUUUGAGUUUGACACAAAAACAUUGCGUUCAGAAAUAUAAAAAGCUAUUGGUAACAUAUACAUCGGCAGAGUCAAGAUUUGCAACUUGUAUAACGAAAGCAGAAACGCGAUUAAAUACACUUACUGCUCCAGCAAAAACCUCUUUGAAUAACGCAAAAAAAUAUGCUAAUCAGGACGUGCCAAAUGGUAUUGCUUCAUGCAAUUCAACUUACUAUGGUAAUGCAACUAAAUAUGAAGAAUGUGUUAUUUCAAAAGUCAAUUCAGAAGCAGGAUAUAUUGAAAGAAGUCUGCAAGCAGUCGACAAAAAUCUAGAUGCCAGUUUGUGCAACUCGACUGAUCUCUCUCGUGAUGCAAUUCAAUGUUCGUUUGUGGUAGAAAAGAGUGUUUUAGUGACAAUUGGCAAGGUGAAUAAUUUGAUAGAUCGUUGUAUAGUGGACGUGGAAACCGUUUGUCCAUGUGCAAAAAAUUUAAUGAUUGAAAGUGAAACUCACAGUUUUAACAAAUUUUUGACUCAAAUGCCAUAAAAAAAAAAACACUGUAUAAUAACGUGAAAGUAGAAUAAUUUAAAUAGCUACUUUCUCGUUC